CCCCGGCCUCGGCCACACCAGCGGCAGCCAUCCAGAUCAAGUUCCGGACGUCGCUCCGCAACACAGUGUACGAUGUGAUGCGGGAUCGGUCGUGGCGCGAAGGCGACUCUGAGAUGGACUGGGACUUUUUCUGGGCAGAUGUGCACUGGGUACACGAGACCUUUGACCAUGUGUAUCUGCAAGAGCACCAGAAGAUCAACCACUACCGCAACCACUACGAGCUCACCCGGAAGGACCUCCUGGUCAAAAACGUCAAGCGGAUGAUCAAGACCAUGGAGAAAGAGUACGGAAAGACCGAGGCUGCAAAGUUCGAGUUCAUCACCACGUCCUAUGUGCUUCCCCAGGAGCACGCCCUGUUCCAGGAAGAGUUCAAGCGCAACCCCGGAUCGGUGUGGAUCAUGAAACCCGUCGGCAAGGCACAGGGCAAGGGAAUCUUCCUCAUCAACAAGAUGUCGCAGAUCAGCCAGUGGCGCAAGGACCCGAGGGUGCGGGGUGGAUCGGACGGCGAUGCACCCGAGGCUUACAUUGUGCAGAAGUACAUUGAGAACCCGUAUCUGAUCGGAGGGAAAAAGUUUGACAUCCGAGUGUAUGUGCUGGUGACAUCGUACUAUCCCUUGGUGGUGUACAUCCACCGCAACGGCUUUUGUCGCUUCUCCAACUACCAGUUCUCGAUGAACUCAAAGGACAUUUCGAACCUCUACAUCCACGCCACAAACGUCGCCAUCCAAAAGACCUCGCCGCACUACGAUGGCGACAAGGGUUGCAAGUGGCUCCUGCGCAACCUCAAGACCUAUCUCACCAGCAAGCACGGCACCGCCGCCAUCAACGAGCUCUUCACCGAGAUGGAGGCGCUGAUUGUGCGCAGUCUGAUGAGUGUCCAGAAGGUCAUGAUCAACGACAAGCACUGCUUUGAGCUAUACGGAUAUGACAUCCUCAUCGACGACGCCCUCAGACCAUGGCUGCUCGAGGUGAAUGCGUCGCCGUCGCUCACGGCCGAGACCCAGUUCGACUACGACCUCAAGUAUGCAAUGCUCAACGACGCCUUUGAUGUCAUUGACUUUGAGAAAAGAUACACCAAUGACAAGAAGCUCAGGACCCGUGUUGGCGGCUUUGAUCUGGUUUACAACGACGGACCUGUCAAGCACGAGCGCACCAGCAGCUAUGCCUCCUAUCUCGGAUGCUAUCACCCAAUCAAGCGUGCUCCGCGCAUCAAGAAGCGGCUCGGUGGUGGGGCGGGAUCGGGUCCCACCGUCCCGAAUUGAG